GGUGUUCACAAUGCGGUCGUACUAAUCACCCAGUAAAGAAAUUCCAGUGACACGUUUCUCUCUACAGAAAUGCCUCAAGGGCGAUUUAAGACCGCAGACUGGGGGAGAUACAAUCGCCAAUGAGAUCAAAGCGUUAAAAGCGACGGGUAUUCGCGAGGUCUAACAAGAACAAAUAACAAUGAAUAAAUCAGUCAGAUCUCAAUGACGAGGAAGAUAACGUACGAGCUCCCCGAUUGCCCAAUAGUGAUAUCUAUGGAGCUGUUUUCAUCAAUUCUGUGUGAUCAAUCACCACAUAUUUGAAAUACAAAGUACAGUGAUUAUAGAUAGCCAAUCGAAGUGAUACACUGAAGCCCUCGUGGUUGAUUUUCCGGUGAUUGAGCACUUGAGAGGACCUGAAGAGAUUUGUCUCUCAAUUCUAACUGGAAUAUAUUGAAAAAUAGUAAACAACCAGGGAGGGGUGAAACAGAAGUUUUAUUUUAUGAGUCGGGAAAUGGAACGGAUGUCGACACGUCAGUCAGUUCUGAAGUGAGUGAAUACACACAGUGACCGAGAUUGGGCGAUAAUGACUGACUGAUUGUGAGCUCAGUGCGCGUAGAGUUGAUGUGAAGAAAGGGAAUAUGAGUAGUGACAAAGGAAUUCGGAGAACUAGACGAGGGGAAAUUCCUAGGACGAAAAGUACUGGUGACAAAUCACUAUUCAAUACUGGGGAUGAUCAUCAGCCGCUGACCAAUGAAAUGACGGGGAAAAUAUCUAUAGAAGAUGUCAGGGAGCGCAUGCAGCGGCUGCAACAAGAUGUCUUAGCUCAAAUUACCAAUCGAUUGGAUGAUCUGGUCGCAGAAGUCGUAGAAGGAAUAGAAGACAUUGCACACUCGGGGGUUAAACGCACUAGGGCAGUAGAAAAAUUAUACCAUGACAAAAAGGACGUUGGAGACUCUGGAAGGCUACCAGAGAAGGAAUUUCGAAUACGAAAUUCCGUCCUCACGGACGUAUUCAACGAUGUGAAACAUGUCCGACCAAUCUACAACGUUUGGUUAAUGAUAUUACUAUCACUAUUCCUUCACACAAUUUCAAACGACCUCAUCGAGAAGGGAGAAAUGAAUUUGGGAUUUCUCACCAUGGCCGCUGGUUUGGCGAAGUUCCCCACCGUCAUCAAGCUUUGGAGUCUGAUGUUCAAGUCAUCUCUCCUCGUUUACAUAUUUCACAGCUUCUGGGCGCAUCAACGACUGAAGUUCCACCCCAAAUCAUCACUCGUUAAAGUUUGGGACAAAUUGUGGUUGUUAAUUUUCCUUGGAUACCAGUUAACGUUUUUAUUCUUACCUGCAAAGGCGGUCAUAGCAGCGGAACUACCACCUCCAUCCUCAUUGAUCAUUGUUAUGGAGCAAGUACGAAUGGUCAUGAAAAUCCACGCUUUUGUGAGGAGCACGAGCCCUAGAGUUACGUCUUAUAAAGCACAUACAGAGGGUAGAGAAUUGAAUUAUCCAGGAUUUUCGAAAUUUCUGUACUUCAUGUUUGCACCGACACUUAUUUAUCGAGACAGCUAUCCGAGAACGAAAACCAUCAGCUGGAGGUUUGUCGUUUGGCACUUCAUAGAAGUCGGCUUUGAGAUGUUCUUCGUUGCAUUCUUCCACGAAAGAUUUAUCCUCCCGACGUACAAGAAUUUUGGAAUAGAACCAGUCACAGUGAACAACGUCUUACCACAAAUAUUCAGUUCAUUUCUGCCUGGACUAGGACUCUAUCUCUGUGGCUUUUACUGUCUUCUACAUUCGUGGAUGAACGCUUGGGCUGAACUACUCAAGUUUGGCGAUCGUAUGUAUUACAAAGACUGGUGGAACUCAGUGUCUUAUGGCAGCUUUUACCGUAAUUGGAACGUCGUAAUUCACGAUUGGCUGUACACAUAUAUCUACAAAGAUUUCUAUGAAAUUAUCUUCCCGAGGAAGAAGGCGAUCGCCAUGUCUUCGGCGUUCUUCAUAUCCGCACUAUUCCAUGAGUACAUCCUCAGCAUUGGCUUUCGCAUGUUUUAUCCGAUGAUGUUUGGAGUUUUCCUGGGAACCGGAUACCCUCUGGUGUGGCUGACGCAGAAAAGAUCUCAUUCCUUCGGAAAUGUCUUCCUCUGGUUCUCACUGCUGUUUGGUAAUGGAGUACUUCUCAGUGCCUAUUCCAUGGAGUAUUUUGCAAGGAUCAACUGUCCUGGAUUUGGAAGUGACCUUAAAGAUGUGAUGUUCCCGAGAAGUUGGAUGUGUAACAGUACGAAAGCAGUGAAUUCUUGAAGACUAGUUAAAUUAUUCAAGUAAAAGACAUGGGAAUCGAUGUUAACUUCCUACACGAAGAGAAAUAGUUUGUAAACAUUACGUAUCUGUUCUGUAAUCCUGGAGCGACAUCUACUGGAGGAAAAUUUUACAGUGCUGCAGAGAGAAAAAAAUGAUCUUAACACACGAGAUUUAAAAUGUAGAACGAAAAUAUCACCGUCUUUAUAUUGCCAGAUAUUUAUGUGGCAAGUUCGCUGUUAAGAUAUUUCUUGUGAAUGUCUACAUAUAAAUGGUCCAUUGUUGUUGGUUAUUAAUUGCAUAAACAAAUUAAAUGUAA